UGGUGGCGUGGUGUGCAGGCCUACUGAUGUCCGUGGUGCACUUCUUGUAGUUGGUCUGUAAGGGCCGCUGUUGGCUUGAGCAAAGUAUAUUCUGAUUAAAAAAAUAAUAAUACGCCUCCCGAGGUGAUGUUGGAAGACGGCAGCACAGUGCAUAUCUCCAUUUAUUCGACGAUUACUCCAGAAGAGGAAAGCACUUUCCCAGUAUUCAAACGGGAUACUCUUUGGGUUUUUUUUAACAUCGUGGGACUGUGGAUAUAAUUUUACUCUUAUAUUGGAGUGUGCGCUUGCUUUUUUGUAAGCUAUAUUCUUCUGCAUGCAGAGACCAUCACAAUGGCUUCCAGUUAUUCGCGUCGAGGUGUUGCUGACUGGAAAAGGAUAAUUUCGCUGUUGCUGGUAUGGCACGUCGCUGGUGUUCAUACACAAGUGCGCUAUUCUAUUCCCGAGGAAAUGAGCAAAGGCUCUGUUGUUGGAAAUAUCGCCGAGGAUUUGGGCAUCGACCUGAAAAGGCUUCGCAGCGGCCGAGCUCGCAUCGUAGCCGGAGACAACAGCCCGUAUGUGGAGCUGAACACAGACAAAGGGACGCUGGUGGUGAGUGAGAAAAUAGACAGGGAGCUCGUCUGUAAACAGAUUUCUCCCUGCAGUUUUAACUUUGAGAUGAUAUUAGAAAACCCGAUUCAGCUGUAUGAAGUGACUGUAGAAAUUUUGGAUAUUAACGACCACUCUCCGACAUUCCCGAGAGAAGAGAUUAGCAUUGAAAUAAGCGAAGGUGCCCUGCCAGGCACACGUUUCCUAUUAGACAGGGCGAAUGACCCCGACGUAGGAGUGAAUAGUAUCCAGGGCUACACCCUAAAACCUGGGGAUAAUUUCAUUUUGAAGCACGAUAAGAGGCCGGAUAGAAAUAAAUUCAUUGAAAUGAUACUCCAAUCGCCGGUCGAUCGCGAGAUGAAAGAUGAACUCUCCCUCGUUUUAACAGCGAGUGAUGGCGGUAAGCCGCCAAAAACAGGGCAGUUAAGGAUAAAAAUAAAUGUACUGGACAUAAACGAUAACGCACCGCGUUUCUCGAAAGAGGUUUACAGAGCCUCCAUCCCAGAAAAUUCGCAACUUGGCUAUGUGGUCACAGCUGUGAGUGCAUCAGAUGCAGAUAAAGGCGUUAACGGAGAGGUGUUUUAUGCGCUGAGGGAGGUGGACGACAGUGAAAAUGCGGUAUUUGUUAUAGAUGAAAGCUCAGGAGAAAUCACAGUCUCUGGAAGAAUUGACUUUGAAAAGACGAAAAAGUUUGAAAUUAACAUUGAAGCCAAAGACCGAGGUGGUCUUACAGACUCCUGCGUUGUCAUAAUAGAUGUAAUGGAUGUAAAUGAUAAUACCCCGGUCAUAUCCCUGACGUCAUUCACUAACCCGGUGCCUGAAAACGCACCCAUAGGAACAACAGUAGCAGUAAUCAACGUCAAAGACUCAGAUUCGGGAGUAAAUGGCCAAGUAAAAUGCGCUAUAAACAGAAACAUCCCAUUUGUUAUAAAGUUGUCCCUGAGGAAUUACUACACAUUAUUGACAGAUGACAAUUUAGACAGAGAAAUGACACCUGAGUACAAUAUUACUAUCACAGCCACAGAUGAAGGGUCGCCGCCUCUGUCUACUACAAAGACUAUUAAUUUAAAGAUCUCUGAUGUGAAUGACAACAGGCCUGUUUUUGACCACGUUUCCUAUACUGCCAGGGUAGAUGAAAACAUCUCUCCGGGCGUCUCCAUAUUUACAAUCAGUGCCCAAGACGCAGACUGUUGCCAAAACGCGCGUGUUUCAUAUUUUCUGGAGGACACCAAUAUUAACGGAGCGCCUGCGUCCUCUCUAGUCUCCAUUAACGCUGAGACCGGAGUUGUUUCCGCAGCUCGCUCUUUUGACUAUGAGCAGUUUAAAGAUUUUAAAAUCAGCAUCAGAGCUCAGGACGGAGGAUCACCACCAUUAAGCGAAAACACCACAGUUCAAGUUAUAAUACAAGACCAAAAUGAUAACUCGCCCCAAAUACUUUAUCCAGUCCAGACCAGUAGCUCUAUGGUGGCUGAGCUUGUGCCUCGGUCAGCUGAUAUUGGCUAUCUGGUCACUAAAGUGGUGGCUGUAGAUGUGGACUCUGGACAGAAUGCCUGGCUCUCAUAUAAACUACAGAAAGCUGCAGACAGGCCGCUGUUUGAAGUGGGCGCACAGAAUGGAGAGAUCAGAACUGUGCGCCAGGUGACUGAUAAAGAUGCUGUGAAACAGAAACUCACUGUUAUAGUGGAGGACAACGGACAGCCCUCUCGCUCUGCUACAGUCACUGUGAACGUGGCAGUGGCCGACAGCUUCCCUGAAGUGCUGUCAGAGUUCACCGAGUUUACGCACGACAAGGAUUACAAUAACAACUUGACUUUCUUUUUGUUGUUGGCUCUCAUCGUAGUGUCAAUACUUUUUAUUUUCUCUGUCAUUGCGAUUAUAUCUGUUAAAAUCUACAGAUGGAGACAGAGGAAGUUAUUCUAUAAAUCAGCCAAUAAUCUCCCCGUCAUCCCUUAUUAUCCAACAAUGUACUCUGACGGAACUUUGCACCAUACCUACAAUUAUGAAAUGUGCGGGACAACUGAUUCUAGAAUGACUGACGUAAAGCCCAUGAGACCAUACAGUCAGAGCACGCUGGUGAGCCUGAGUCGACCUGGGACAGUUCAGAGGCAACAGAAGCAACAGCAGGCUGGAGAUGCUGACGAUAUCUCCCCUGAGCCGGCCCGCGAGUUCUGCAGCGCCACCACCGACUCCCGUCGCAGCGACAUGAAACCUGUGCGGCUCUACAACCAGAACACCCUGACCAUCAACCUGAGUCGGCCAGGAACAGUGCAGAGACAGAAAAGUCAAGAGCAGCUGGAUGCUGAGGUCACAUUAGAGCAAAAACCCCCGAACAAUGACUGGCGUCUUCAACCGAACCAACGUCCCGGACCUAGCGGAGCGGGGCCCAUGCCUGAGGGAGCAGGAGUGGUCGCCGGCACCGGCCCCUGGCCCCAACCCCCCACCGAGGCCGAACAGCUCCAGGCACUCAUGGCCGGAGCCAAUGCAGUGAAUGAGGCCACAGCCACCCUCGGCCCCCGCUACAACGCCCAGUACGUGCCCGACUACCGCCAGAACGUCUACAUCCCCGGCAGCACCGCCACCCUGACGGCCAAUCCCCAGCAGCCGCCGCAGCAGGCCCUGCCCCCACCCCAGGCCAUGGCCAUGCCCCCCAGCGACGCCCCCAAGGCCGCCCAAACCCCCGCCAGCAAGAAGAAGUCCACCAAGAAGGACAAGAAGUAAGCCUGCUGUCUGGACACGACCGUCUCCGUCCCCGUAUCUGUACCGUACCUGGGCCUGCCUAGCGUUUUGGUGUUUUUGGUGAAUGUGGUCGGACCAAAGUGUCCAGACCACAGAGUUGGAUUCCAAUAUCUCUUUUAUUUCUAUUCCUGAUGGUGUAUUAGCUACCAAACAUUUUUUUUUCUUCGUUUGUUUGUUAUUUUUUUUCUUGGUUGUUCUUUUUAUCGCUGUAUUAGUUCAAAAGAAAAGAGAAAAAAAGAUAAAUAAGAGACACCUCUAGCACUGAGGUGGUAGUAUUAUGCUGUACUUUGGGAGAUUUGUUUUUGUGUCCUUUUAUUUUUCUUUUUUCGAUUUUUUUCCUACUCCUGUCAUUAUGUAGUCGUAUGUAUACAGUCUACUACGCGCCUUGGUCUUGACCUCAUGUUUUAACGCAACAAAUGUCAAUCUUUCAGUUAAGCUGAGCCAUGCAUGUGAUAGGGGAGACGUAUUCACAUGGUAUUACAAGACCUGUAGCUUAAAAACGGGGAUGUUUUUCCCUACUGUGUUACAUAUUACUGAGAAGAAAAGAUGGAAAAAGAAAGAAAAAAAAGAAGAAUGAUGAUUGCAGGUCAUUUGUUAUGUAAAGGCUUUUAAACGUUCCUUUCUAAACGAAAAGUAGACGCUUCUUGUGGUGACAAGAAUGACUAUGUUUUUCUGUUAGAUUUCUUACUCUUAAGAAGGAUGUGCCAUAGCUCGAGACAAUUGCAUGAUCCAACUCUAACCCGAUGGAAUAAGACCACUAAGACGGACUAUGCAGUAAAUGAAGGAAAGUAAGGAUUUACGUGAAACCUGAAGUAUAAUCUGACUUAAAUUUGAGAUGGUUCUACGGUGAUAGAAGGAAUCGCAAGUCGAUGUUUUGAGUCCUAUACGAGAAUCGGACAGCACUCUUGAUGUUUAUAAGACUAUUUUAGGUGAACGGAUUUAGCUUUUAGUAUUAAAAGAUAAAAAUUCUAGAUGUGAAGUCUGCACUGUUCCACUUGUACUUAGACUUCAGCCCAAAGGUUUCUUUUGUGUGUGUGUGUACAUUUUACUGUUCUUACCUUACGAACGUGCAUCACACCAAGUAUUGUAACGAACGCUGGAUUUUGAGUUUGGUUUGGCCUCGAACGGUUUUAAUCCUGCCAUCUUGAUUAGUGUUAUGCCAUAUUGGCCCAAUCAUUAACAUGGGGCCUGUUAUAUGUGGUUACAGUUUUCCUCAUAGACAGAGCUCCAUCAUGAAGUGCUUGUGAAGAAAAAUUAUAUGAAGUUUGUUAGGAACGUUACGUAGGAUUGGGAGACAGCGGGUAGAGGAUGGCAGAGGUGGUUGGGGGCAGUGGACUCUAAAUGGUGGGUGGACUAAACUGGAGGAAGAUCGUGUUAUGUUUUUGGCUCUCACAACAAGAGAUAGAACAAAAAAAACAUCAAAGAAAUGUCCCAGAUCUGAAUCCACCGGAAGCGAUGUAACAUUGGAAUGGUACGAAUGGUACAUUUUGAAAGAAUGAAAAAACCCGGCUAGCACACCACACACACACACACACACAACUAUUUUGUGUUGCCGAAGAAGUGCUUUAGCUAGAGGGCCUAGCUAGCCUACAUCCUGCACUAUAACACAUACUGUACCAACGCCCCAGCAUAGUGGGCCACCCGCUUGUGCCAUCACCGACUACACAAGCACACAAACACGCACACCACACUCGCAAAAAGCUUUUUAGCCAACGUUGUCCACUUGUCGCAAUAGCUGCCCACUACGUUUGGUGUGUGCUACAAAGACACACACACACACGCAUAUGCGCACACACAUAUACUGGGACAGUCAUCAAGGCCGUGCGUAGCUACACAUUGGCUGAGCACAAAAGCAAUGACUCUCCACUGCGAUCCUGUGUGUGUGCGUGUGUGUGUGAUUUUUCUUGUCUGUGUAGACUCGCCCAGAAUGUUCUAGACACCUGCCUUUUGACUUCCACUCCCCCAGGAGCACCCCCCACUCUACCCCCAUGAUGUACAUAAAAAAAUAAAAGUCACACCGCCGGUCCAGCACAAGAUACAGCAGCGCCUGCUGACCAGCUUCUACUGGAAUGUUUAGACUAUUUUUAAGAAAAAAAUGCUGAAAAAAAACAAUCGUUUGAAAAAAAAAAUGCUGAAAAAAAAACAAUCGUUUGAAAAAAAAAAAUGCUGAAAAAAAGUUAACCUCCUCAGAUUAUGUGUAGUGAUGAUAGUAUGUGCAUUUAGACGACAGACUAACCAACCAACCUGUAAAUACUCAAAUUUUAAACUCUUGCUAAAGACACACAGUUGUAGGCUUGAGGAUCGUGAAAUAUUGUGCAUAUUUUUGUGUUUUCCCCCUCAAACUAUCUCUCUUUCUCUCUCUCUCCCUC